AUGGAUUCAGCCUAUGAACUCGAUACACUCAUCAGAGAUAAAAUGGCUAAAUACAUGAAAGAAUUAACACGUUUUUCCAUUGUUUUUUUCUUUAUCUUUCUUACUUGUGGAAUAUGGCAUGCAUUUUUAGCAAUUAAUCUCAAUAAUUCAAUGUUCAAACUCAUUGCAGGUGAUUUUAUGCGCAAUAUAUCAUGGUCAAUUUGUGGAUUGUCGUUUGGAAGUCUUUUUGUAAUAAUUUUACUAUUAAUGGCGCUAUAUUAUUCAGGAUUUACAUUCCGUAUACACCUUUUGAUAACUAUUCUUUGCAUUGCAGCAAUAUUUUCAAAUAUCGGACUUACGAUCGCUAGUUUAUUUUUUUCGGCGCUUCAUACAAAAGAUCAUCUUCAAAACAAGAUCGAAGAUUUAAUACAAAAUAAUAGCACCAAUCCAAUCGUUUCCGAAUGGAUGAAAGGGUAUUCUUGUACGAACGUUACAAAUUGCCGACCAGAUGCGGAAUUUUUCAUUAGAUUCAGAUGCGAUGGAGAAGCAAUUGCAUGUGGUAUACUAUUGUUCAUCAUGUUAACUUCUAUUUGCGGCAUUACAGCAGCAGUAAUCAAAAUGGGCUUAUUGAAACGUCCUCAAGGUGAUUCUAGAGUCCAGUAUGAUCCAUUAGAUCCAAAAUAG